CGAGUAUAGGCAACACAUAUUACACCGUUUCAUUUGUAACCGUAAUUUCUUCACGUGGUUGGACUGUAGAUAUUCAAAUCAAACAUAUAAACAAACUAAUCAAAUUUAACUAUAACAAAUUAUCAUGUUAGUCUCACAGCUUGCUGACAAGGAUGGUGGUUCAGAGUCUGCGACAACUUUUGUGUUUGAUAAUGAAGGCCAUACCUUAGGAAAUGGUUUAAGAUUUAUUAUAUCAUCAUAUCCUGAUGUUGAAUUUUGUGGAUAUACAGUUCCUCAUCCCGCAGAAGCAAAGAUGCACUUCAGAAUUCAAAUGAGAGAGGGAAAGCCAGCAAUUGAAGCAUUGAAGAAGGGUUUACAAGAUUUGUCUAAAGUGUGUGAUUAUACACUGGAAAUAUUUGACACUGAGUAUAAACAAUACGUAGAGACACAUCCAGUCGAUACAUAACUGCUUCCUUACUCGAUAGCUAUAAAUACAAGCAGUGUUUAUAUGUUCAGUCAUUUAUAUACUGAACUUUCAUAGCAUAAGGGUUUAAGUAUGUUAUUUGGCAUUUUGUUAAAACUAUUAGUUAAUUAUUAUAAAUGACGAAUUAACAGUUCAAAAAUAUUCAGAAUAGGUGAAAAAUAUGUUUAAUAUAAGUGUAAUUAUGAAUUUUCUUUAUUAUGCAAUGUAUAAUAAAACUGUUUACUUCCUUA